ACAGGUGGAACGCUAUUAGGCGUCGUCGCUGGUUUUGGAGCUCUCCUUCUAGUUUUCUUGCUUUAUAUCAACAAAAAAUGGUUAUGGGGAGCAGUGGGCGGUAUCAGCUGUUGCGAAGAUGCAUGCCCUCCAGUGUCGGCACGCCAAGUUCCAUCCCCGGCGCCGUCAACGUCGGCUCCUGCUCACAAGCACAAACUUGUGAAAGCAUACUCAUUCGAUGUUGGCGGAGAGUCCAGUUCGGAAUCGGAAAUGGGUGGAAAAACACUUCCAGGUCCUUCUGGAACAGUGGGACCCUACUUUCCUCCUCGCUCUCCGCAUGACCUAAUCUCACUAGUUGAAAAGGGUAGAGUUGGAAUUAGCAGUAACAGUUCAUGCAGUUCAACAACCAGUUCCGUCGGGGAGAAGCAUGGUCUUAGUUCUACAAAGGUGACGGCAGAAAUUAAUAGUGGCCAAAGAUCACCUAAUUCUUUACGAGAAACAAAAAUAGACAAUCAAAAUGAAGAACAAACACAAGAAAAUUAUCAAAAAACUGAAACUGUUUCCAAAGUAACCCAACACAGUAUCCAUAGUAACAGUUCGAGAGAUUGCAUAGUACUGAUGAAUACAGAAGCAGAUGGAACGGAAGUUCUUUCAUGCAUUGAGGCGGAAGCAGAGACUCAGCUAGUAAACAAAUGUGGACAUUUAGAGAUAGCUCUCUUAUACGAUGCACCAAUGAGAAAAAUGACUGUACAUGUAUUGCAAGCCCGUGACAUUCCAAGUAGAGAUCGCGGUCAACCCACACACACCCAGGUGCGGUUGAUAUUACUACCCAGUAAAAAACAGAAGCACAAAACGAAGAUUAGAUCGGGAGAAAAUCCACAAUACAUGGAAAGUUUUUUAUUACAUAGAGUAAAUCCCGAAGAUGUAAAUUCGAUGGGUAUAAGACUGCGACUGUACGGCUGUGAAAGGAUGCGUAGAGAGCGACUUAUAGGAGAAGCCAUAGUUAGCUUUGCCAACAUAAAUCUCGAAUUAGAAAAUAAUUUUUGGUUAAACUUAGAGCCACGAGCGAACACUGCGUUAGGCGGUUAUACGGGAGAACUAAUGAGUUUAGCUCGUUCGGACAGUACGGGAUCAACGCAUUCGAUGCAACACGGAGGUGUACCUGAAUUGUUACUUGGGUUAUCUUAUAAUGCGACCACUGGUAGACUUAGUGUAGAAAUCGUCAAGGGAUCACAUUUUAGGAACCUUUCCUUAAAUCGAGCUCCAGAUACAUACGUCAAGCUACAUCUGGUUAGCAGUACCGGCCAACAACUUGGUUACAGUAAAACGACAGUUAGGAGAGGCCAACCGAACCCACUUUUUAAAGAAACCUUCGUUUUCCAAGUGGCGCUUUUCCAAUUAGCAGACGUAACACUAAUGGCAUCGGUCUACAACAGACGUGGAGUAACCAAAAAGAAGGAAAUGGUCGGUUGGUUUAGCUUGGGACUGAACUCGAGCGGCGCGGAAGAACUGGCACACUGGAUGGACAUGAAGGAAUUCCAACAGGAACAAAUUUGUCGAUGGCACGUCCUGGUGCAAUCAUAGUUUAACUUAUAGGCGUCAAACUAAAUCGCUAAUAAUUUUUUAUACUUUAAAGAGAAAUAACGAUAUUGUUACUGUUAAAAUUUGGUACCAAUUUCUAUUUAUAUAUAAGUUAUUAGUCUGUAUUUUCAUUGCCUUAUAUUGAAAUUAAAAUGUGUAAAUUCGUUCAAGGUAAACAAAUAUUUGACAAACAUAACUACAACUCACUCAAACAAAAUACAUGAAAUGUGAUAUUGAAAUCUAAUUUGAAACAACACACAACAUUAUGAGAGGGAGCAGAGAAAUCGACAACUCUAUAAACCGGCAAAAAUUUUAUAGGUAAAAAACUUUGUCCUACUCUUAUUGUACCAUUGCACAAAUUAAAUAUAAGCUUUACUUAGUAAAUUUAUAAAAAAAAAGAAUUAUGUAGGGAUGGGUACAUUUGACUAAACGCUUACAUUUACACACAAAAAUAUAGUUGUAUUAAAAAGAAAUGAUUGUAUUUAUACAUAAAUUAUUAGGUUUUAUACUUUGGAGAAGAUAUAUAAGAUAAGUAUAUGUAACGUGUAAGUUUCAAAAAUCGAUCAUAAUAAGACAAACCCUUUGUGUCUUAUUACUUUGUAGAGCGAUUUUUGAAACGUAUAGAGGCAAUAUUUAUUUAAGCAGAUUCGGUUGACCAUUCGCACAGUUUAAGCGGGUCUAAUAUUUGAAGAAUUGAUCUUAAUGACAGGGUUGCACAUAUAAUGCCUAAAUUUUACUUGAACGUUACUUAUUU